AUGUGCCAGGUUGAACAAGGUCUUGGUCGCCGCUCCUCGCGAUGCUACUACCCAGACUACCUCAAGCUGGAUGAACUGCUGUCUCUGCAGCGACCUUACAGUGACGGCUGUGUGGGGUCUGCCCACGGCUUUGCUCAUGAUGAGAUGCUAUUCAUAAUCACUCACCAGACCUACGAGCUGUGGUUUAAGCAAAUCAUCUUUGAAUUCGAAUCAGUCCAUGGUAUCUUCUCGAAAGCUGUUAUCGAGGAACAUGAUAUGGCCAUUGUCAACGAGAGGCUUAGUCGAGUUCGGAAUAUUCAGAAUCUGCUGCUGGGUGCACUACCGGUCCUCGAGACGAUGACACCGAUGGACUUUCUGGAGUUUAGGGACUACCUCAUGCCAGCGAGCGGAUUCCAGAGCGCUCAGUUUAGGGUUAUUGAGGUUAUGAUGGGGCUGCCGUUCAGUCGGGAGGGGAGAAAAUACGGGAGUCCUCAGUUCUUCCUCUCGAAAUUCCAUCCUAAAGAUAUUGAACGAGUUGUGUAUUGGGAGAGUCAGCCUAGCUUGGUUGAGCUGACGGAAAAGUGGCUGGAGAGACUCCCCCUACCUAAUUUUGAUUGGCUAUGUCAAUACAAAUCAGCUGUCUAUGCUAUGCUCGAGAGCGACGAACAGACGGUUAGACAGGUCUUUGGUCGGAGCUCAACGGAGGGGGAUGAGUUUGGAGAGGAUGAUGAUGAUGAGGAGGAGGAGGCUCAUCCGAAUGGAGGAUGCCCAUUCAUGGGAAAUUCUAAACAGAACGGUGAGGAUCGCCUCGAGCAAGAGCUGAAGGCCCUAAGAGCCACCAGGGCGACAUUUGAAUCUCUCUUCCAUGAUGAACAGCAUGCCGAAAUGGUCUCUCGUGGGGUGCGUCGGUGGUCGCGGACUGCCACGCUGAAUGCGCUGUUCAUAUUCCUGUAUAGAGAUCUCCCUCUACUGCAAAUGCCUUUCCAGUUCUUGCAAAACCUCCUGGAGAUCGACAACGGCUUCACUCAGUGGAGGGUAGCGCACGCCCAGAUGGCCCAGCGUAUGCUUGGCACGAAGAUCGGCACUGGUGCCACCUCGGGCUCGGAAUAUCUUACUAGAGCUGCUAAGGCUAACAGGGUUUUCCUGGAUCUGCAUAAUCUGUCGACGUAUCUCGUCCCUAGGGGGAUGCUGCCUGAGUUGCCUGGGCACAUUAUGAAGAUGUUGAAAUUCGCUCCGUUUCCAGAUGUGUGUGAUUCCGGAUAACAUUAUUGGUUGCGAACAUAUGAUGUUUAAAAAUCUUCGCGGUGCGUUAAGAUAUUAGCUCGCUAUUUCACUGUGAUGAUGAAGAUAUGUGUGGAAGAAGGGUCUUACUUGACCUUUUGAAUCCAAAAUCCAUCCGACCCGGGUUCGAUCCCUGGUGAGGGGAUUUUUUGAACAAUUAAUUUUCUACCC